CUAAACUCGGAAUUUAUACCAAGUCAUAAAGGUGGGAUUAGUGAGUUUGACAUUUCGUGGAAUAAAAUAAGACGGGCUUUGGGAAAAUGGAAGAGGUAAAACUGAAGAGAAUUCGUACGAAGAAUUUCACAGAGGAAGAAAAGCAAUUCCUCACUAAACUCGUCGAGAAGCAUCAGAAGACUCUGGGCGUUAAGAGGAACCUCAUACAGACGAGAUAUGCCAAGUUGCAAGCUUGGGAGGCCAUUACCUUACAGUACAAUAAAUGUGCGGAAUUGCCAAGAACAGUGGAUCAACUCAAAGCUCUGCACAAGAACAUGAAGCUGGAGCAGAAGAAAAAGAACAAACAGGACAAUCCGGAAACUGAAUCAGAGACAACUGCUGAAGAUGAUGGGGCAGGGAGUUUGAUGAAAAUGAGUUUGAUGGAAGAUGAGCUUCAAGAAGAUGAUCCUGAACCAGCAAAGAGGAUGAGAAUCGAAGAACCUUUUCCCCCUUUUCCCGGAUCUAACUCUGAUUCGAGUUCAAGCGAUGAUGAUAUUUUUACGGCUAGCUAUCCGGAUUUUCAGGAUUCCCGGAGGAGGUACUUGGAUGUUAAAUGGCAAUUGUUGGAACAGACGAAGAAGAACAUGGAAGUGGAACAUCAAAUGAGAAUAAAUGAGCACAAGAGGACGAUGGAGAUUCUAAAAUUGAAGCUGGAAUAUCAAAAGAUGAAGAUGAAAUUGGGCACUGCUCCAUUAUUAGAUCCCAAAGAAGAGUUGGACAUUGACUAAAGAGAUUUAAAAGAAUCUUGCUGAAAUAUUAAAAAAAAAAUGAAUGAUUGUACGUUGUAUUGACUUAAAUUUUAGAAUAAAUAUUUUGAUCCC